UGGGGUUUAUAUGUUUGUUUUGUGCUGGAGAUCAGCGGCUGGGCAGGGUCUGCGAGGUCUUUGUGUCCCAGGAGGAUUUAGGAAAUCCAUUGCGGAGGUUCACGGGGAUGGAAAAUGAGAAAGCGGCAGGGAGAAUAUCUAUGGAAUAUGCAAAGAUCAAUAAAAUUUCGGGGGGUGGCUAAAGCCUUUGUAGUUUAGGGGCUUUGAGGGAUCCUGAAAAAACAGGAUAAAAAUGCUUUGCGAAGAGCAGGAUAUAGGAUCUCUCAAAGCUCUCUGUAGUAAUGGUAGUAGUAGUAGAAAUAAUUAAACAAAUCGUAUUAAGUUGGAUGUUUAUGCACAGAUGUCUCCAGUUUUAAAAAGAUCUGAGUAGAGAAGUGUGGUUUGUAUGCAGCCCGUGUGUGGGUUGUUUUCCCUCUUGGCUAAUUGGCCAGGCUGUUGCUAAAUACCGAAAAGGUUUCUGGGUGCAGGCCCCUGGCACAGAUUUGCAUAAAAUGUACACAUAUGGUUAUUUGUAUGUGUAGAUGCAACUGUAGGUCUCUCUGAGCAAUGAGAUGGGUCACUGGGUCUGUUCCUUUUACUCUGCAAAAAGGAGGAUAAAAUGCUCUUCAAAGAGUACUUUGUCCUGUGCUUCAGGAUCCCUCAAAGCUCUGUGCAGUGAUAAUGAUAAUAUUAGGUUUGAGGUUUAUGCCCAGGCAUUAUCCAGUUUUCAAAGAUCUGAGUGAGUAAGGUGGGGAAUAAGGUUGCCAACUUGUGAACUGGCCCUUGUUGCUGUGCCUUUAAGAGCAGUUUUGCGCUGCAGGUGGAUGGCACUUUUCUCCCUAGUGGGAUAAAUCUUUACUUGCUUUAUUUUGUGGAUCAGGCCCCUGUUAAAGGCACAGGAGAAGACCAAACUGGAUUUAUUCAUUUAUUUAUUUUGUCAUUGUGCAGCGUACACACAAUACAUUCAAAGUACAUCCCUUCCCCUCAAAGUACCCUGGGAAGUGUAGUUUACAACCUCACAAAGCUACAGUUCCCAGCACCCUUAAGAAACCAUGGCUCCCCCAAUUCUAUUCUUUUUGCCGGGGGGGGGAUAUGCCUUAAUUUGCUAUGUACACUCACACAUACCUCUCUAUCCUCCAUCCAGGCAAGGAAGAGGAAUUAUCAGAGUUCGAGAACACCUCCCAGUCUGCCAAAACCCUCAAGGAUCAUUUAGCGUUCCAGCUGUUGGUGCUGUUCAUGGACGGGGCUGCUAUCUUCUUUGAGGCAGAGGGAGCUCCGUCAGACAAUGUGCAGAGGCUCCUGGGCCAGGGAGUCAAACAGGAGGAUUACCAGGAGUCACUGGUAGGAGGAUUGUGGGAAAGGGAGAAUGAAGGGGAAGCAAACACCAAUAUUCAAGAUGAACCAAUGAGGCAGCAGGGAAGAAAAGUGGCAGUCAGAGAUAAACGGAGGAAUAAAUCCAUUGCCAGCAAAGGUGAGGACACCCAUGAAAUCCCAGUCCAACAAAACGUGCAGGAGGAUGAGAGAAGGAACAAGUGCCACGUGUGUGGGAAAAUAUUUUGUUCUAAAUCACGCCUUAAAGUACAUCAGAGAAUUCACACAGAGAAGAGGCCAUAUAAAUGUUUUGAAUGUGGAAAGAGUUUUAGACAGAGUGGACACCUUUCUCAGCAUCAGAGAAUGCACACCGGUGAGAAACGAUAUAAAUGCUUGGAAUGUGGGAAGAGCUUCAGUCAGAGUACAUAUUUUAUUCUGCAUAAAAUAACCCACACAGGUGAGAAACCUUUUACAUGUUUGGAGUGUGGCAAGAGCUUCAGUCACAGCAGGAGGCUUACUAUACAUCGCACAAUCCAUACAGGGGAAAGGCCUUAUAAAUGUAAGGAGUGCGGACAGAGCUUCAGUCAGAGCACACACCUUACUUCACAUCAAAGGAUCCACACAGGGGAGAAACCAUAUAAAUGUCAGGAGUGUGGGAAAUGUUUCAAUCAGAGCACACAUCUUACUUUGCAUCGAAGAAUCCACACAGGGGAGAAACCUUAUCAGUGUUUGGAGUGUGGAAAAUCCUUCAGUCAGAGACCACAUCUUACUCUGCAUCAAAGAAUUCACACAGAGGAGAAAAUGUAUAAAUGUUCAGAGUGCGGAAAGAGCUUCCACCGAAGUGACCAUCUGACUUCACAUCAAAGAGUACACACCGGGGAGAAACCUUAUCAGUGCCCACAGUGUGGAAAGCGCUUUAGUCGAAGUGCAAUCCUUACUAAACAUCAAAUCUCCCACAAAGUUGGAGAAACUCCCACUUGAACAAAUAUGGCUCUGCUUUGAGUGUCCCAGGCUUCCCAGUGGUCACUUUCUCCUUGGAUAUCCCUGCCUUGGACGUUGUGAUGCACUGCCAUUUGAGUGAGUGUCUUGAGUUGCUUUAAAUUGCAUGGUCCAUGCUCCCCCCCCCCCCCCAGGCAGUAGCCAUUUUCUUUUAAAUAAGAAGGCUAUGUAGUUAUGCUGCUAGGGAACUUCUUUCAACUAGAUGGGCUGGUGGAAGUAAAAUGUUUGCCUUAUUAGUAAUUGCUUUAUUUAGUAUUUCUUUGUGAAAUCAUCCCUCUUUUGAACAACUGCUGUUUUGCACAUCGCACUGUUUAGAGCAGUGGUUCUCAAAUGUUUUUCCCCAUGGACCACUUGAACAUUUCUGAGGGCCUUGGAAGACCAGUUAAUGAUUUUUCUGCCUGUUGCAGCAGUUGUAAUGUGCUGUGCUAGGUGCUGUAUGAUUUUUAAUUGCAUUUUAUUGCUUCUUUAAUUUCUUACAUAUUGUACUUUAAUUCAAAUUGUGAUACAGUAAAAUACAAUAUGAAAAAUAAAAGAAGCCAUUAAAAUAUAAUUUAAAAAUCAGUAUGAAUGUGUCAUAUCUCCCGUCUUCAGCCACAGAUCCACAGACAGCACAGACCACCUGAAUGAAGCUCACAGACCACUGGUGGUCCACGGACCACAGUUUGGGAACCCCUGAUUCAGAGUCUUUUAUUAUACACACUGUAAAUUUGCCUUUGUGUUUCUCAGUCAGGGCUGUGGAACCUCUGGCUACCGAAUGUUGCUGGACUCCAGCUGUCAUCAGCUGUGACCACUGGUCGCGCUGCCUGGAGCUGAUGGAAGUUGGGAGUGCAACGACAUCUGAAGGGCCACCAGAUUCACAAUCCCUGUUCUAAGUAGUCAUUUCAGGUCAUGCUAUUAUUUCUUCACGUGUGUGUAUGUGUAUAUAUAUAUAUUUGUUUUCUUUACUAUCAAUAAACCCUUCACUUCCUUUCA